AUGUUUGACGAAGAAAAAUGGUUCUACGAUGAAAUUGUGGAAUUAUCCGAUGAGGAAUCUAUCGACCUUAUGUAUAUUAAGGAAGAGGCAACUCAUGAAUGGCAGCAGUGUCCAAUAGGUGUGCUUGGUUCUUUGCGUGGCACCAUACUGAAACUGUUGCUCUUUUCUGCUCUGAAGCGGUUUCUCGUAUUUUUAUAUGCAAAAGGAAUAUUAAAUGAAUUCACGUUACAUGUAACCUUCGUAACUUCUGGAUUGUUUAUAAUAGGAACCCAAAAUAAUUUGUUAUCAAUUUGUACAUACAUUGCUCUAACUGUUGUAUUACCUUAUUAUAAAUUCCUCUUCAAUAGCCAGACUAAGUUUGUGCUAUUAGCGUAUUCGAUCAGUAUGCUUCUAGUUUGGCAGUAUUUCUUCACAGCCAAAGAAUUUAUGUCUAUGCGUGGUAUACUGAUGAUUAUUGUAAUGAAAAUUACUUCAUUGUCAUUUGAUUCUUCUAAUGAAUUUAAUGGCAGCAUCACGUUGUUACAACUACUUUCCUAUAUGUUUGAUAGUUCAACUAUAUUAUUUGGUCCAUGGAUUACUUACAAACAGUAUCAAGACUCGUUAUACCUAAAGAAAUUCAAAGUAGAAAUUAUUAAUUGUUUUCGUGCUCUCAGUUACAUUGCUCUAUCAUUAUUGGCUGUUAUUCAUUCGUCGUGCAUUGCCGAUAGUUUUGUCGAGUUGCCUUUCGUUGGAGCAUAUUUUGUUGCUCAGUCAUUUCGAUUCAGUCAUUAUUUUGUAAGCUGGUUCUCCGCAGGUACUUCCUUAUUGUCCGGUAUUGAUUCUGGCAUUGUUGCCGAUUGGAUUCAUAUCGAACUGCCUCGUUCACUAGUGGAUGUUGUUGUCUCAUGGAAUAUACCCAUGCACCGAUUUUUGCAUCAAUAUAUAUUUGGGGAGACUAAAAAAUAUGGCUCCGCAGCCGCAAUUUUCACUACCUACGCUGUUAGCUCUCUUUUUCAUGGCAUCAACUUUCAGUUGUCUGCGGUGCUACUUUCACUGGGAUUUUACACAUACGCUGAGACAAAAAUGAGGAGUAAAUUGAGUCGUUGCAUAAAUUCAUGUGUUCGUGCAAGGAAAUGUCACAAAGAGUGUCAUCAUACAUAUAAAGAGAAUGCAUUAAGUACGCUAGCCAUCAAUGUCGUGUUUCGAGCUCUAGCUCUUACACAUUUGGUAUAUCUUGGAAUGGCAUUUGAUGAUAGCACAGCAGAAACGGGGUAUUCCUGGAGACAUACACUCUCAGUAUGGGCUGAUUCCUAUUAUUUUAGUCAUGUUAUCGGAUUGUUUUCGUUGUUAUUGUCUUUCUAA